AUGCAGUUUUUUGGGCUUAAAUCAUUCGUCAUCGCAGUAAUUGUUCUUUACGGAGCACAUAGCGGGUAUUCAUUACAAAAUGGCGAUGUUUGUUCAUGUGUUGAAAUCAAGACAUCACCAUCUAGACCCCAAUUGACAUUAACAACUACACCUAAAUCAACACCAUCAAGUAACAACGGUAGCAAGACUACUUCGGUACCAUCUACACCUAAAUCAACACCUACAAGAAGCAACGCUAACAAGACUUCUUCGGCACCAACUACACCAAAAUCAACACUUACAAGUAGCAACGCUAGCAAGAUUACUUCGCCAUUAACUACACCUACGUCAACACUUACAAGUACAAACGCUAGCAAUACUACUUCGGCACCAGCUACACCUAAAUCGGCACUUACUAGUACAAACGCUAGCAAUACUACUUCGGCACCAGCUACACCUAAAUCAACACUUACAAGUACAAACGCUAGCAAUACUACUUCGGCACCAGCUACAUCUAAAUCAACACUUACAAGUACAAACGCUAGCAAUACUACUUCUGUACCAACUACACCUAAAUCAGCACUUACAAGUACAAACGCUAGCAAUACUACUUCGGCACCAGCUACACCUACGUCAACACUUACUAGUACAAACGCUAGCAAUACUACUUCGGCACCAACUACACCUACGUCAACACUUACAAGUACAAACGCUAGCAAUACUACUUCGGCACCAGCUACACCUACGUCAACACUUACAAGUACAAACGCUAGCAAUACUACUUCGGCACCAGCUACACCUACGUCAACACUUACAAGUACAAACGCUAGGAAUACUACUUCGGCACCAACUACACCUACGUCAACACUUACAAGUACAAACGCUAGCAAUACUACUUCGGCACCAGCUACACCUUCAUCAACACUUACAAGUACAAACGCUAGCAAUACUACUUCGACACCAGCUACACCUACGUCAACACUUACAAGUACAAACGCUAGCAAUACUACUUCGGCACCAACUACAUCUACGUCAACACUUACAAGUACAAACGCUAGCAAUACUACUUCGGCACCAGCUACACCUUCAUCAACACUUACAAGUACAAACGCUAGCAAUACUACUUCGGCACCAGCUACACCUACGUCAACACUUACAAGUACAAACGCUAGCAAGAUUACUUCGGCACCAGCUACACCUACGUCAACACUUACUAGUACAAACGCUAGCAAUACUACUUCGGCACCAGCUACACCUACGUCAACACUUACUAGUACAAACGCUAGCAAUACUACUUCGGUACCAGCUACGCCUACGUCAACACUUACAAGUAAAAACGCUAGCAAUACUACUUCGGCACCAGCUACACCUACGUCAACACCUACUAGUACAAACGCUAGCAAUACUACUUCGUCACCAGCUACACCUACGUCAACACUUACAAGUACAAACGCUAGCAAUACUACUUCGGCACCAGCUACACCUAAAUCAACACUUACAAGUUCAAACGCUAGCAAUACAACUUCUGUACCAACUACACCUAUAUCGGCACUUACUAGUACAAACGCUAGCAAUACUACUUCGGCACCAGCUACACCUACGUCAACACUUACUAGUACAAACGGUAGCAAUACUACUUCGGCACCAACUACACCUACGUCAACACUUACAAGUACAAACGCUAGCAAUACUACUUCGGCACCAGCUACACCUACGUCAACACUUACAAGUACAAACGCUAGCAAUACUACUUCGGCACCAGCUACACCUACGUCAACACUUACAAGUACAAACGCUAGCAAUACUACUUCGGCACCAGCUACACCUACGUCAACACUUACAAGUACAAACGCUAGCAAUACUACUUCGGCACCAGCUACACCUAUAUCGGCACUUGCUAGUACAAACGCUAGCAAUGCUACUUCGGCACCAGCUACACCUACGUCAACACUUACAAGUACAAACGCUAGCAAUACUACUUCGGCACCAGCUACACCUAUAUCGGCACUUACUAGUACAAACGCUAGCAAUGCUACUUCGGCACCAGCUUCACCUACGUCAACACUUACUAGUACAAACGCUAGCAAUACUACUUCGGCACCAGCUACACCUACGUCAACACUUACAAGUACAAACGCUAGCAUUGCUACUUCGGCACCAGCUACACCUAACUCAAUACUUACAAGUUGUUGA